AUGCAAAACAGCGUCAAAAUGGGGUUCUGCAAUGAUUUUCGGCUGUUUGUUACUUCAGCACCUUCGGGCUCAGUAGGCGACAGGACAAGCAUGCACAAAAAAGGACCCAAAGGCGAAAAAAGCCAGCGCAACCGACGCGACUCGGUCAAGCAGUGCCCCGAGGCUGCAGUUGUAGUACUCCGCCACCAAAAGCCACAGACUGAUUUGUCCGAGGAGCCUAGUCAGCGACGCUUUCAGCCCGCGGUAGAACAUCUGUACUUUGGCCUGAUGCCUCACCUUGGAUGCGGACUGAAAUCGGCCUAG